AUGGCUUCGAGGGAGCUGGAAAACGCUGUGAAAGUAACUGAGGGUAAAGCAGAAAUGUGUUUCCCUGAUUCCAAUUCGGUCUUUUACAAUCCCGUUCAAGAAUUUAACAGGGAUUUGAGUACCGCAGUUUUAAGACUGUUCUCGAAGGAAUUUUCAUGCAACAAGAAGAAUAAAAAAUCAAAGAAAAGGCCUUAUAAUGUUGAUGAACUGAAAGGUGAAGACAAAAGAAAAGACGAACUUCAACAAGACGAUUCUAAUCACUUGGAAAUGGAGGAGGAUGUUGAUUGUGGAGCACACGCUGAUGAAACUGGCCAAGCCAUAGGUAGGAAUGGAGCAGGCCCGUAGCAGGGGGAGGGGCAGGGGGGGCUCGAGCCCCCCCAGAAAUUUUCAGACUUGAAUUAAAUUCUGCUACAAAAGUGGAAUUUUUCUACUAAAAUGGACAACUGUCAAUGGAAGCUAAAGUUUCAAAGUAUUGUCGAUCAUGGUAACAUUAUGCACUGUUGUUCUUCUGUGCAAUUUGGAAUUGUGUAAAUGAACGAAAUCGUAUUUUUGCUCUUUCAAAAACAACCAAUAGCUUUAAAAUAUCUGCUUAUUAGGCAUCAAAAUAUCCAGAAGCAAAAUGGAUCGAAAUGCACCAAUGACAAUCCCACCUGAACCACCUCAUGAUGUUGCAUGUUCACAAGGAAGGAACAGAUGUUCUGACCCUUGUAGACGUAGCUAAUGACUUCGUUUGGGAGAAAGAAAACCAAAAGCAAUUGUUUGGCAAAUCUUCCGCGAACGAUAUCCCAAACAAGUUCUCUCUUUCGUCAAAGUCAACACAAACGGAAAAUUAGAGACAAGAACAAAAGGUAUUGUAGACAAAAUAAAUGUAGUGAUCUGACAUGUACCAAGAAGUAUGCUUUAACCGAGGGACCGAAGCGGGAGGGGGAGUUAAUGUGGGCCACUCGCUCAGCCCCCCCAGUCAUUUUAUGCUUGCUACGGGCCUGUGGAGUCUAAUAAGUCAAAAACAUGGCUAAGAAAAAUUGACACUUUUCAGCCGCUCGUGAUGUCAUUCAGACAGAUUACACUGUUCCUACAUCUAUUAACCCUGUAAGUCUUAUGCAUCAGGCAAUUCCACCUGCGCCCAGCCCCCCCCCCCCCUUCCGGCUGACCCCCGGGCAUUGGCAUUUUUUUUGCCUUGGAUGGCAAAUUCCCGAGGGUGGGGACUGUUGAGCAGUCAAAUCCCCUGGGGUGGGGACGAAAAAAGAAGGCAAAUGCCCUGUCCUCCGUCAACACUGCAACAAUUUUUAUUGAUCACACAGUCAACUAGUGCCAUCUUAAGCAUUUUAAUGUGCGAAUUUUUGUUUCAACUAACGUCUUCCUUUGUAAUAGUGCUAGGAUUCUAAUUAAGACUUUGUGCUACCAUAACAUGCACCAGUUUAUGGUUUUAGCAUUGAUCUAAAACUAUAGCCUGAAAUUCAUCCAAUUGUUUCGAGUCGUUUUCUCCUCUCAACAAGGUCGUUACUGAGGGAGUAAUAAUGACUCGAAGUAAUCGGAUGAAAUUCAGGCUAAUAAAAUUAUUGACAUUAAAAUAAAUAGAGCGCUGUAAAAUAAUAUGUUAUGAAUAGUUUUAUAAAUAUGAAAUUUGAUUCAAUAACCAAAAAAAAUGUUGAUUCACAUUGAUAGCUCCAAUUUCGCUACGUAAUUCUGGCUUGAUAAGCAAUGAAGAAAUGCAUACAUCAUGUAAGAUUGAGAACAUGCCUUUUCAACCCUCUACAAUUUAUUCCUGUCCUUGAGAGAUGAGCCAAACUGCUUUUUUUCCAGUAAAACCUUCUGUGUAGUUAUAUUCUGAUAGGAAACUGCGUGCGUGUCAAAAGCUCGGGAAUGGCACAGGGGUUGGCAAAUGCCUGGCCCCCUGGGCAGUGCAAAAUUUGCAAAUGCCCCACCUCUGGGACUGACAAGGAGGGCAAGUGCCCUGCAGUUGCCUGGGGGGGUGCUGGGUGCAGGUGGAAUUGACUGAUGCAUUAAGUGUGACUGGCAUCAAUGCAAUAGACCUUCUCAUGGUUCUGGAAGCCAAACAUGACUCGUAGGCAACCACAUGAGAAAUUUGAGUGAGUGUAUUUGUGUGAGAAUCUAAUGUCGAAUGAUUUCCGUAAAACGGCUGUUGUGAAAAAAAUUUGAAUUUUAAAUUAAAGCUUCAUUACUUAUGAUUCUACUGAAAAAAUUUACAUGAAGCUACAUGCUCUAGAACCACUUUUUAAAAUUUUCUGUACAUUUGUGUGUGAAAAUGUUUCUUCCUGCCGACUAAAAUUUUCCCGGGAAAAAUUGCAGACAAAUAUAUGGAAAAUCUAAAGCAAGCACCUGCAGAUAUUUAAGCACAGUUAUGGCCCCCAAAAUUUCUUAGUAGAGUCCUUUGCUGUGUAGCUUUAAUUUAUAAUACAAUUCAUAUUUUUUUCAGAUCAAUCUUUUUAAGGAAAUUAUUCAACAUUAGAUUCUCAUACAAACACCGUAAUUUCUCAUGCAGUUGCCUGCUCAUCAAGAUGGCUUCCAAAACCGCGACAAGGUCUAUUAUCUCUUAACAAUAAUCAAUUCAUGAUGGAGAGAAAAGGCUAUAAGAAUUAAUGAAAUGAUCACCAAAGGAAAAAUUGCUUUGAUCUUUUUACAAAUUAUCUCAAUUUAAUAUUUUAUGAAUCAGUUUAGAUAAUUUAUUUGCAUACAUGUCGAUCUUGGGGUUGCGAAUGAUAAAAAAUUGGAAAGUGUCAGCUCAUGGAUGAAUUGGAUAAGUGUAGAAAAGACAGUUCAAUUGUUCAAAACUCCCAAAAUGGGGGUACAUUGGUCCACCGCUGUACAUGACAAUUAAUUUUGCUAGUCAGGGCUGUAUAGUUUUUACCAGCGAACAAAAAUAGGUAGGUUAGCCUUUUGAAACAAAAGAAAAAAUUAACAUGGCUAGUUUGAAUAAACUGGAAAUUCAAAAAAUUAUUAUUGUCGUUCUGCACUUAUAAAAUGUGAUGAAGAAAUGUACAAAAAAGGGUGAUGCACAUGCAAAGUUGUUGCUUUCCAUAAUAAACCUAUUGCUUUUUUUACGUCCUUGUUGACAUUGCUGUCGUCAUUGCUAAAGCUCCCUAUUAACCAUGAUGAGCAAGAAGUGGCCCUGUGCAAGCGAAAAGUGAGAGUUGCUUGCCCAAAGGACAAGCUGGUAUUUGAGUCCUUUUUAGCCCUACAUUUUUCAAAAUCAAUUUCCUACACUUUUGCAUUUCUUGGUAAUUCAUUUGUAUUGUAAUUUGCAAUUGUAAUUCAUUUCCAUUUUUUCUGCUUGUUAGGCACAAUUUGUUCAGAGCGAGAAGUUGACAGUGGAAUUACUAUUUUGGAAGGCUUAGCAGCAUCUGGUCUGCGUUCUGUUCGAUACGCCCUGGAAGUACCAUGUGUGAAGAAUAUAACGGCUAAUGAUAUCAGUGAAGAUGCGUACAGAAUGAUGAAACUGAACAUUCAACACAACAAGGUGCAACACAUUGUGUCGCCAAGCAAAGAAGAUGCUGGGUUGGUCUUUUCUCUGUUUAGUUUCAGAUCGAAAUGAUUUUUGCCCAUAUAAUAUUUUUUUGUGUGUGCUGAAGAGAAGGAUUAGGAGCAGUCAGUUUGCUCUGCAGUGGCCAUUCUGCAGGCAUGGAUUGUUAAUUUUUUCCAGGUUAUCUGGAAGUCUUCUUUGACUGUGGAAGACUGUCAGAGUUAUAAUGAUAUUCAUUAUGUAAUGCUAUGUCAUCAAAUGUUACAUUUUCUGUUGGCUUGAUUUUGCAGUAUCUGAUUGUUACCGAAACUGAGAAUAUUAUUUAUCUGUAAGAACCAAAAUUCCAUUUGCAUUUGUCUAAAUUUGCUUGAAAUAAUUUAUGAUACCAUAUCCUCCCCUUCCCCAAAUUCCAUGCACAUUAAAGGUGAGGGAGCAUUGUUGGGAAGCUAUAACCUGAAAACAUUGAAAGUACAUGUAACAAAAAACAGACACACUCUCAAUUUUCAGAUGUUAAUGCAUACCUGACUGUGGCUUUGUGAGCUCUUGGGGAUGAAAAUUAUUAUACAAUUUACUUGUACAUUGAAUUGUCCAUGGUCCCCUUGCAGGUUACUAAUGUAUAAACAUCGUCAUCCUCUAUCAAGUCGUUUUGAUGCAAUUGAUCUUGAUCCUUAUGGAUCAGCAUCAACCUUUCUUGACAGUGCAGUACAGGCAGUAUCAGAUGGUGGCAUUCUACUUAUCACUUGCACCGACAUGGGAGUGCUUUGUGGAAAUCACAGUGAGGCCUGCUUUGGAAAAUAUGGUAGCAUGUCGUUGAAAGCAAAAUUUUGUCAUGAAAUGGUAAGUGUAGGGUGUAUUUCUGGUGUGAAUCCACACAUGUAUAUUUUCAUGUCCUUAUCUCAACACGAUGCACAAAAACAAACUGUGGACAGAUUUUGCAAAGAAAAUGCAAAAUUGAGUAAGUUUUGUAAGUAGGCAAAAAGGUCUGCAAUAUGUGACUUCUAAUGCUUAAUUUAAUGUUCUGCCAAUUUUUAAGUCACUUCUAAGGUCAGCGCUUACGGUCAUGUCUGUCAUCAUCUCGUCUUUGUUAAAUCUAUCUAAUUAGUAUGUGGUUAUUUUUUAACUCUUUAAGCUGUGAUCAAGACAAGUUUAUUGGGGCAGUGAAAAUUAAAAAAAAGAUUUGGUUUUAUCAAAUGUGUUGAUAAGGUAGAUUCAGGGGAUUGAGAAGUUGAUGUUUGGAACACCAACCAUUCACAGAUUGAAUCAAUGGGCAGUGUCAGCAAUAGUGCAGAAUAUAUUUUGAGAUGAAAUCUAACAAGAAUUUUUGUUACAAUUAUAAAUAUUGAGAUCUUCAUGUACUAAUAGUAUUGUGGUUUUGCUAAAAAGUCACUUUGCUAAAAAUUAGAAAAAAAUCACCAUUGCAAAGACAGGCUUAGUGUCUGGCCAUGAAUAAGUUAAAAAGAAGUGGACUGAACUUGGAAAGUGCCAAUGUUUUCAAGUUUGCUUGUGUUAUUUGGAAAAAACUGCUAAGAAACCACUGAUUAUUUUUGGAGAAUGAAUGAAUAACACAAGUAGAGUUACAUUGUACAAUGUAGAAACCCUUUGAGGUCAAUUUGUUGUGUGAUAGUAAUUUCACUCUGUCACCAUCUUCAUUUUCUUGAUAAACUAUUAGGUUUGUUAAACCUUUAUUAAACAGUCAACCUGUACUAAGCAGUCAGUUUGACACACUCUAAGGGUGAACUGUAAAUAAAGGUGUGACUUACAUGCAUGAUUCACCUCAAAAAUGAUUAAUUUUAUUAAAGUAAUUUUUGAAGCUAGAAUUGGUGGACUUAGUAAUAUUUAGUCUAGAUAGUUGACAUUAAAACUGCAGCAUUGGUUUUUAUAUUAUUCACUUUGUAUUUAGAAAUGGUUAUUUGGUUUGUUGUCUUAAUCUGUACUUUUUUUUUUACUUCACAGGCUUUGAGAAUAUUGUUGUUUUCAUUAGAAUCACAUGCUAAUCGUUACAAGAGGUACAUCAAACCUCUUUUGAGCAUAAGUGUUGAUUUCUAUGUUCGUGUGUUUGUGCAAGUUUUCACAAGUCCAUCAGAGGUCAAAAGAUCAGCGAGUAAACAUUCUUUGGUCUUCCUGUGCACUGGAUGUGGAACCUUUCAUCUUCAGCCAAGUAAGAAUAAAGUAAUACGAACAGAAUUAAUGAGACCUAUUAUUCUGUAGAUGCAGAAAGGACUGGCAGAGAUGAUGGAAGUGUUCUUUUAAUGUUUUUGUGUUCUGUGGAAUUCCUUGCAUGCAUUGUCUUUUUAGAUAAUUUUUGCCGUAUCAAUAAUUUUAUUUUCCUUUGCCAUGUGGAUUUUAUUUACAGUGGCCCACAGGAGACAUGCUGCAAAUUAAACUAGGAAGCUUUGUGAAAUCUAAGUGUUAGACUCACAGUGUCAAAAGUAAGUUUUAGUCAGUCAGAGGUUAGAAUACUCCAUGCACAGCAUAACCUUAGUGAAAGUAAUUAAAGAAGGAAAAAGCUACAAUGUAACUCUAGGAUCAUGUUUUACACUAUCACAACUUUAUUUGAUUUGCAGCAACUUUGUUUUUUUGCAUCAACUUUAUUUUAUUUGCAGCAACUUUUUCAUUAAUUUUGCAGCAUGUUCCCUGUGGGCCACCAUAAUUAUUUGGUUUUCAACUUUGCAAAAUAGUGAUUCCUGAUUAAGUUUUAAAUGCAGUGUUGUACACCUACAUUACUGGCCCCGGUUGUUUCAAAAAGGGGAUAAUGCUGCACCGUAUACAGUAGAUAAAAUUGUCUAUCCAGUGGGUAGCACUAUUCAAUGUUUGAACAACUAGGACCUGAUGGGAAGCAACAUGGCACUUUGAAGUUAGAGCUCAUUAUUUUGAUAGCAUAAGCAUGGUCAAAGGUGUAUUUAUUGAGGUUGAUUAACAAGUUUGUUCAUAUGGCAUUUUUUGCCAGUGGGUCGGCGCAUUGAGGAAGGUCGCAGUAAGAAGUACCCCCCAGCCCUUGGCCCUCCUGUUGGCCCAUUCUGUGACCACUGUGGCUGCAAGUUUCACCUGGGUGGUCCCAUAUGGAAAGAGCCUAUUCACAAUGUGGAAUUUGUAGACAAAUUACUCAAGAGUGUGAAAGAGAAACCAGAUUUGUUCAAGACAUCUGAUAGGAUAAUAGGUCAGUACUGCUAUUAAUUUUUAUGUUAUAUUUCUUGACCUUUAAAACUUAACUGAUUAACUAGGCGUGGCCAAUGUUCAAUUUCUCUCAAAGUAACACUGUUCAAUUAAAGGUAAAGGGCUUGAGAAAAAAAGGAAAUGAUCCCUCUUUAAAACUACUAUAGCUGUAGGGAAAGUUCUUCCAAAAAAUUAAUAAAUAUCCCAUGGCUACUAUGAGCGUCACCCCUAGCUACUUUCAUGGAAGGCAGAGGGGAAAUAGAACCAAAAGACUAGCACUUGGAUCAGUUUAGGCCUCUGGGAAACUGCCCACCUACCCCUCCCCUGAGCUAACAUUAACACUUACUUCUCUCUUAGGGCAAAAUGAUGGCUUAGGGGAGGGGUAGGUGAACAGUUUCCCAGAAACCUAAAUUUAUCCAAGAACUUUCUAACUGUUCAAUUCUCCACCUACUAAUUGCAUAUAUCCAGCAACAUACAGUAUAUAUAUUCUUUACUGAUGAUAUUAUCUUAUAAUAUUAAAGACAGAAAUUUAAUCCACCCUUAUUAUUGUGAUUUUGAUCCCAAAGACUCACAUCUGCUGGGUCAAAUAUUUCCAGUGAAACUUCAAAAUGGAGACUUCAAGUUGAAAUCUUAUUGAGAGUCUUGCUGACCUUAUAUUUGCAGGGUUAUUAAGUGUCAUUGAAGAAGAACUGCCCGACUGUCCUCUUUACUAUACCGUGGAUCACUUGUGUGGAGUUCUCCACUGUAGCACUCCUUCACUAAUACAAAUCAGAUCUGCUGUAUUAGAAGCUGGAUAUCAAGCAUCCAGCUCGCAUGCUUGCAAAACAGCCCUGAAAACAGAUGCUCCACAUAAUGGUAUGUAGACAAACAACUGCUUCUUCUACGUUGUUUUUUUUGGGGGGGCGGGGGGCGGGGGAAUAAGGUGCAUUAUGGGAAAUCUGCAAGUGACAUAUCGAGGAAUCUCGAUUCUCGCGAGGAUCGAGAAUCGAGUGUUAACUUACUUUUGAAUAGUACUGUAAAUACCAGUAAAACAGAGCACUGAUGGGGGGAGGGGAUAAAUGAGCCCACCUUCAGCAUCGGGUUUGUCACUGUAAUGUGUACUGUUACAAGUUGCUAAAGUAAGGACUUUUUAACCAUUCUUAUUACCGUAGUGUUGUCUAAUUGAAGUCGUAGGGAUCCCAGAAUUUUUUCGGUUUUUGGGCUUAAGGUGAAAUUGCUUAAAUUGCGGAUUUACGACUUUGAUGCUCAUAUCUUCAUUUUAGAUUUGUAUUUCGUCAGUUCACAUCAUCUUCAUUCAAUGAAUACAUUGUUAAGUUGUAUUCGGUGAUAUGUGAUUGUCUUCACUAGUUGUCUGGGACAUCAUGAGAUGCUGGGAAAAACUUAACCCUGUAAAACGGAAGAAAGAAAACUCUCCGGGAGCUGCCAUCCUCAGUAAAGAGCCUGUUAUACAAGUAUCAUUUGAAGCAAAGCCGGGGGCUAAUCCAGCUUCAAGACAGAAAAAACUGCUUAGGUAUCAAGAGAAUCCAGAAGCAAAUUGGGGACCUAAACCCAGGUACAGUGCAGUGUAGAGUAACAAACCUAGCUCGCCUAGCUGUGGUGGAUCGAGACCUUUAGAUAAGUGGGAGGGGCUGUACUCCAAAAAAAUGUUUUCGGCCCUUCGGACCUCAGUUUGGUCUAAAAACCCCUGGAUCCACCACUGCCUACUCCCUGUACGAUGUCUUCCCUGGCCUUCUCGGUCGAUGCAUUGCGGUGACGUAACCGAGACGAACGGCCGGGAAAAAAUCGCCCCGAUUACAUGACCCGAAACGCGUAGGCCUUACGGAAUGAUGAUGGCCACAAGGUGUAAACGCUUUUUUAAACUAUAAAGGUGCCCGUCAUUUUUAGUUAAGUAAGCAUUGAUUGGAACCCCAGGCAACAGUGAGUUUUUUUUUAAUAUGGCAGAUUUCUACUGUUAUUGGCUUUUACUGCCGACCGUGCUUUACGGAAGUCCGUGGCCUUCAGAUCUUUUUUAAGUGGGCUAUUUUAAAUGUUUCCUUUCCCUUACUGAAUACCUACAUGACAAUGCCCAUAAUUACAUGUUUUGCAGGGCUCAAAAUAAUUUUAGGACGGUGGCCGGACACGAUGAUCGGCCAAAGAAAUGUUUGCUCAAUCAAGUCUUGUUUUCUGACCGGUUAAAAGAAGGGGAAAAACGUGAACUAAUCCUUGUGUAAUUUUCUAUUGGUGAACGUGAUUUUAUUUUUACAAAGAGACGAAAACUAAGAUUUACAGGUGAAGAUUUGUUUGCUUGUUCAAGAAUAAGAGUCUGUGAAGCUUUUAACCGGUCAAGACGCCAUUCUUACCGGCCAUUGUCCGUUGACCGGCCGUUUUUUUAGGCCCUGCAUGUAGAUGCUACAGUGUAUUUCUACCAAAAUGAUAACGGCUUUUAACUUACGGAUUGUAUGGACACCGGCGAAACUUCGUUGAAAUGAUGUACUACCGGUAUCCCCUCCUUAUCAGAAACCGCGAGAAAUAUUUAUUUCAAUGUCUCUUGAAUCCAGGGCUAAAAGAAAGAAAGAUGAGGAGACAAUCCAGGAGAAGAGACAACGUUUACAAGGUCGAAGGACAGUAGAAGAAGAGAAAGAUUAUUACAAACAAUUUCCUUGCAAGAGAUUUAAAGCUGGCAAGUGUGAAUACGGAGAAGAAUGUAAAUACUCACACGAUGCUAAUCCGAACAUUGGAAAACGUAAAUCAAGAAAUGGUAGCAAAGAACGCAGUGCAGAGAUGGAUAGCAAAGAUGAAGACAUCACGGAGCCGUCAUAGGCGAAUUAAACGGAAAAUUUCUCUUUUUAAUGACAUAAUUGUGGCAUUAUUUUUUGGGACCGUUUUCAUCCUAGGUGAACCAUGUGAAAUUCGCUAUUUGAA